AUGUGUGAUGACAUUUUUUAUGACGAGGAGCUAAGGACAGAAUACCGUAAAAGACACCGGAUACAUCGUCCGCUUGCAUCUGUAGAGGAAAUACAAAAAGCACCGUUGUUUUCUUGGCGGCAAUUUAUCGUAGAUCUGUGUUUGCUACACAGUCCAGAGUUUUACUGCGAUCUGAUGCUGGAUUUUUGCCUCAUUGGGCCGACGUCUUCGGCCAGCCAGCAUGUUCCGGCAGAGUAUCGGUCGUCCAUGAGCAAGGAAAACGAGUAUGGUCUACCAAAAGACGCGUUCGGGAAUCCCAGCAUUCUGGUCUUUUAG